GGUGCUGCAGGCUGGGCAGGGGAGGCUUGGGUGUUCUGGGCCGUGGGGAGACACGGGCACGGGGCUCAGGGGUGGGGACACACGGCAGGCUCUACAGCAGCGCUGGAGGCUGAGGCGGGACAGUCCCCACGCGAGCAGAGCCGCCUGCCGCUCUCUUUCCCAGCUCUAUCUCAUGCCUUUCCACGGGAUGGCGAGAUGGUCCCCAUGGCUGUCCUGUCCCUCAUUGUCCCACCUAGUCCCCGUCGUCAAUUUUGUUCCACUGGAACAAAGCCCAUGAAACGGCGAAGAGGACCACAGGUUUCUUAGGCUUAGGGGUACAGAGGGUGCACUCCAUGGCCGGGUGCUCCAGGGCAGGAGCAUCAUGGUGGACGGUGUGGGGAGGAGAGACGCUCCCAUCAUGGUGGCCGGGAAGCAGGGAGAGAAGGGAGGAGCCGGGGACCAGAGCACAGCUUAAAGAGGGAGCUCAGUGUGCUCAGGGGUGCAGAGGGUGCAGUCCAUGGCCGGCUGCUCCAAGGCGGGAGCAUCAUGGUGGACGGUGUGGGGAGGAGAGACGCUCCCAUCAUGGUGGCCGGGAAGCAGGGAGAGAAGGGAGGAGCCGGGGACCAGAACACAGCUUAAAGAGGGAGCUCAGUGUGGCUCAGGGGUGCAGAGGGUGCACUCCAUGGCUGGCUGCUCCAAGGCAGGAGCAUCGUGGUGGACAGGUGUGGGGAGGAGAGACGCUCCCAUCAUGGUGGCCGGGAAGCAGGGAGAGAAGGGAGGAGCCGGGGACCAGAGCACAGCUUAAAGAGGGAGCUCAGUGUGCUCAGGGGUGCAGAGGGUGCAGUCCAUGGCCGGCUGCUCCAAGGCGGGAGCAUCAUGGUGGACGGUGUGGGGAGGAGAGACGCUCCCAUCAUGGUGGCCGGGAAGCAGGGAGAGAAGGGAGGAGCCGGGGACCAGAGCACAGCUUAAAGAGGGAGCUCAGUGUGGCUCAGGGGUGCAGAGGGUGCAGUCCAUGGCCGGCUGCUCCAAGGCGGGAGCAUCAUGGUGGACGGUGUGGGGAGGAGAGACGCUCCCAUCAUGGUGGCCGGGAAGCAGGGAGAGAAGGGAGGAGCCGGGGACCAGAACACAGCUUAAAGAGGGAGCUCAGUGUGGCUCAGGGGUGCAGAGGGUGCACUCCAUGGCUGGCUGCUCCAAGGCAGGAGCAUCGUGGUGGACAGGUGUGGGGAGGAGAGACGCUCCCAUCAUGGUGGCCGGGAAGCAGGGAGAGAAGGGAGGAGCCGGGGACCAGAACACAGCUUAAAGAGGGAGCUCAGUGUGGCUCAGGGGUGCAGAGGGUGCAGUCCAUGGCCGGCUGCUCCAAGGCAGGAGCAUCGUGGUGGACAGGUGUGGGGGAGGAAAGAUGCUCCCAUCAUGGUGGCCGGGAAGCAGGGAGAGAAGGGAGGAGACGGGGACCAGAACACAGCUUAAAGAGGGGAGCUCAGUGUGGCUCAGGGGUGCAGAGGGUGCAGUCCAUGGCCGGCUGCUCCAAGGCGGGAGCAUCAUGGUGGACGGUGUGGGGAGGAGAGACGCCCACAUCAUGGUGGCCGGGAAGCAGGGAGAGAAGGGAGGAGCCGGGGACCAGAACACAGCUUAAAGAGGGAGCUCAGUGUGGCUCAGGGGUGCAGAGGGUGCAGUCCAUGGCCGGCUGAUCCAAGGCGGGAGCAUCAUGGUGGACGGUGUGGGGAGGAGAGACGCUCCCGUCGUGGUGGCCGGGAAGCAGGGAGAGAAGGGAGGAGCCGGGGACCAGAGCACAGCUUAAAGAGGGAGCUCAGUGAGGCUCAGGGGUGCAGAGGGUGCAGUCCAUGGCCGGCUGCUCCAGGGCGGGAGCAUCAUGGUGGACGGUGUGGGGAGGAGAGACGCUCCCAUCAUGGUGGCCGGGAAGCAGGGAGAGAAGGGAGGAGCCGGGGACCAGAGCACAGCCUCCAGGUCCCACCCCGGUGCCCACGUCCUGCAGCACGGUCAGCUGCACCUCACCCAUGGAGGGGGGUCCACUGAGGAGCCCAGCACCCUGUGACCCAUCACCUCCUGGAGACCACCGAGGUCCACCCUUGCAACCUGCAUUUUC